AUGGGCAGCUUCUUGAUGAGGAUUUUGGGCGAAUCGAUAUUCCUUGGAAAAGAGGCGGUAAGAUGUCCAGAAGUAUCAGAGGAUUCCUCGAAAAUAUACUGGCUUGGGUACUUCCCCGCAUCAGGAGCCGAUACACCAGCAACGGCUUCUAGGGCAACUGUGAAUGACGACUUGGCUGAAAGUCUGUAUCAUGUGAGUGAAGACGAGGUCGGAGUUCAUUCCGAGAGUGAUGAAACCUCUGCACAUUCUGUGGAUGAGAUCACCUCGCCUUCUGAGCCAGGGACGGCCAAGAACACGUUGCUUGUUCCAUGUUAUACGCUGGCCGGAAUUAUCAGAAACAAGGACUUCUGCGGUCACCAAGACGUCCUUCUCUUGAUUGACAACACCUUUCUCCACGAGUUGGACGAAACAACUCAUGGUCAAUUGACUCAACAUGAGUUUGCACUUUGUGGGCUUGGGGGAAUAGGCAAAACAGAGAUCGCCAAAGAAUUUUGUUUCACGCACCAACAUAGGUUCGAUGCGAUAUUCUGGGUAGAAGCGGACCGGCUCACACAGCUUUCUGAAGGGUUUGCAAGUAUUGCUGCUCAAAUUGGACAUACAGACCGAUCCAAUAAAGUGGUCAGCCGCAAUAUCGCUUUGGAGUGGCUCAAGCAUCCAAUGAAGCGUCAACGAAAUAGUGAUGCAUCAACGACAAGCGGAACUACCCCUGUCGAGAGCCAAAUGGCCAAUUGGCUCCUAGUCUUCAACAACGCGGAUAACCUGGAACUCUUAAAAAAGUUCUGGCCAGUCACAACUCGAGGUUCAUUUCUCAUUACGAGCCGAGAUCCCGUGGCAAUGCGUGGUCGGCCCGGGGUUGACAUCAAACCUUUCGAGCCAAAUGAGGCUGUCACUGUCCUUCGUCACCUUACCGUUGCGCCUGACAAAGAACUGGCGACAGGCAAGCAGGCUUCCAUUAAGAUAUCCACCAGGCUCGGUGGCCUUCCCCUCGCGAUAACCCAAGUGGCCGCCUUGAUUGACCGCUGGGAAAUGACGCUGGAUGAAUUUCUCGGCUUCCUCCAAAAGCAGGCGUCGAUUGAGACGAUUGCUCGUGAGCGACCCCCGGUGCUCCAAGAGCAAUAUCCACACUCGCUUUUCACCGUAUGGGCUCUCGAUAGCCUCACAAAGUCAGCUCUGACGCUUCUGCAAGCAAUGUCGUUUUUGAGUCCCGAUUCGAUUGGGGAAUUUAUCUUCCUCAAAUACGCACCUGAAGUUACAGAGGUUCCCAUGGGGUUUCCCAUGACGCAGCCGUCAUACAUCCAGGCUCGGACUGAGUUGACCAGAGUUUCGCUUGUACGGCGGAACAAGAUGGAGGGAGAAUUAUCACUCCAUCGCCUCGUACAAGACGUUGUGCGUGUUCAAAUGUCGGAGCAACGGAGCCUUGAUAUUAUCAAUUUCGUUACGCAAUCGACCUUUCAAGCAUGGCCUACGCCUUUUCUGAGGUUCGAUCACGACACGGCCACAUGGAAACGGUCGGAAGAGCUCCUACCUCAUAUUCUGAAACUCAGUAGUUUCAUCCCGGAGUACUCCCACAUCAUCGGCUCUUCUCAGCUGAAGCAUACCAUGGCAAAGCUCCUGGUCUUUGCGGGAUGCGAUUUCGAAGCCGCUCGGCCUCACUUCCUUGAAGUGCUACGGUUAUCGAGCGACCUGGCGGCAGAGAUGGAGGAAACCCGAGCCGAUGCAUACUUUGCCUUGUCCGCGUUAUCAGCCCAAGUCAAUGAACAUCCCAAGAUAAAUCUUGACUAUGCCCAGCAUCAUUUCGACUGCCGGCUCAAGCUUUGUGACAGGGCACAAUUCAGAGAAGACCGCAUGGCGAUGGCUUACGGGGAGUUGGCCCACGCCCAAAGGCUUGCUGGUCUUUAUGAGGUAGCUAUCGAAAACACCAGAGUUGCAAUAGAAUUGACAGAAGCCAGCCCUGCGUUCAAGUCUGGUGACAAUUGGCCGACCUUCUCGAAUACCCAUCAGGCAUUCGCCCUUGCGGCUCUCGGGCGCUAUGGCGAAGCAAUAACGCCAAUCCAUCGGAGCCUCGAGUAUUGGUCAAAGCGAGCAAGCACAACGCACUCAUUCCAGUGA